AUGGAAGAUAACACAACCACAGUGACUGAGUUUGUGCUUGUGGGCCUUUCCAGACAGCCACAUGUGCGCAUGGCCUUGUUCAUGCUCUUCUUGGCGAUGUAUGCCAUCACUGUAGCUGGGAAUGGUCUCAUUGUGGUGCUGACUGUGGUGGAUUCUCACCUCCACACACCCAUGUAUUUCUUCCUCAGCAACCUCUCCUUCAUUGACGUCUGCUAUGUCACGACCUCCGUCCCACAGAUGCUGGUGCACUGCUUCAAAGACAAGGCCAUUAUACCCCUGGGCAGGUGUUUUGCACAAAUGAGCAUCUCUCUUUUUUUGGGAGUGGCUGAGUGCCUCUUGCUAGCUAUCAUGGCUUAUGACCGCUUUGUGGCAAUAUGCAGCCCUCUACACUAUACCUUGAUUAUGAAUCGAAAAUUGUGCAUUGUACUGGCAGUCAGCCUGUGGUUCAGCUCAUUCCUCUUGACGAUUGUACCCUUUUUUAGCAUGCCAGCCCGCUUGUGUGGCCAAAAUGUGGUGAAUCAUUUUGUGUGUGAAGUCCAGGCAGUAUUGAAAUUGGCCUGUUCUGACACUCACGCCAAUGGCCUCAGCAUGCUGAUAACAAGUGUCUUCACUCUUCUGUUCCCCUUUGCCUUCAUCCUGCUGACAUAUGGACGCAUUGGUCUGGCUGUCCUGCGCAUCCGCUCAGCCCAAGGACGAGGGAAGGCUUUAUCAACCUGUGGCUCUCAUCUGGUUGUGGUAGGAAUUUUCUAUGGCACUGCCUUGGCUGCAUACCUUAAGCCUCAGGCCAAGACUUUCACCAAUAGGGACAAAAUAGUGGCUGUCUUUUAUGUGGUUGUGACCCCAAUGCUCAACCCCCUGAUCUACAGCCUGAGAAACAGAGAUGUGAAGGGAGCCUUUUGGAGGCUGAUUGGGAGGAAAGUAGAUGAAUAA